CCGGUGACGUCAAAACAACGCGACAUUUACCCUGUGCUCCAUGCCUCCUCUCAGCAACGCUCACAUGUCGCAUGUCUGUUAGUAAGAUAAUAGUAAUUAAAGAAUAUCUUUGAGUUAAUUCAGCGAAAUGACGGGGGAGACGAAAGGAACAAAAACUAUACAUCCAAGAAAUGAUCCAGUUAAGAACUUUGAAAAGUGGAAGAAAAAAUACGACAAAACUAAAAAACGCGUCAAACACCAGAAAAAGCAGAUUAAAAAACCCGAAUGGCAGAUCGAAAAGGAAAAAAUCAAGAAAUUGGUCGAUAAGUAUUCGGAGAUAAACACCAAGGAUGUAUUGAGGUUUUCAGAUUUCCCUUUAUCAAAAGAAACAUUAAGAGGACUGUUAGAAGCUCAGUAUCGGCAGCCCACAGAGAUCCAGAAGCAGACCAUCGGCUUUGCUCUGACGGGGAAAGAUGUGCUGGGUGCCGCAAAGACUGGAUCUGGCAAGACGCUGGCCUUUCUUAUCCCUGUCCUGGAGUGCCUGUUUCGCCAGCAGUGGUCAGCAGACGAUGGAUUGGGUGCCCUGAUCAUUUCACCCACACGAGAGCUGGCCUAUCAGACCUUUGAGGUUUUGCGAAAAGUGGGCAAGAAUCAUGAGUUUUCCGCCGGCCUCAUCAUUGGUGGAAAGGAUCUGCAGCAGGAGUCCGAGAGGAUCCACCGCACCAACAUCAUCAUCUGCACCCCAGGCCGCCUGCUGCAGCACAUGGACGAGACCUGCACCUUCCACGCAUCCAGCCUGCAGGUGCUGGUGCUGGAUGAGGCCGAUCGCAUCCUGGACAUGGGGUUUGCCGACACGCUGAACGCCAUAGUGCAGAACCUCCCCAAGACUCGGCAGACGCUGCUGUUUUCAGCGACUCAAACAAAAUCUGUGAAAGAUCUGGCCAGACUGAGCCUGAAGGAUCCUGAGUACGUCUGGGUCCACGAGAAGGCCAAGUUCAGCACCCCUGCCACCCUGGAGCAAAGCUACCUGGUGUGUGAACUUCGCCACAAAGUCAACCUGCUCUUCUCCUUCCUGAAGAGCCACCUAAAGAAGAAGAUCAUCGUCUUCUUCGCCUGCUGCAAGGAGGUGCAGUACCUGUUCCGCGUGUUCUGCCGACUCCGCCCUGGCAUCCCUGUCCUGGCCCUUCAUGGCAAGCAGCAGCAGAUGAAGAGGAUGGAGGUCUACAAAGAUUUCAUCGGCAAGAAGGCGGCUGUGCUGUUCGCCACCGACAUCGCGGCCAGAGGCCUCGACUUCCCUGCUGUUAACUGGGUGCUGCAGUUUGACUGCCCAGAAGAUGCCAACACUUACAUCCACAGGGUCGGAAGAACUGCCAGGUAUAAAGAAGGUGGCGAGGCCUUGCUGGUCCUGCUGCCCACCGAGGAGAAGGGGAUGGUCAAGCAGCUCCAGGAAAGGAAGGUGCCCAUCAACAAGAUCCAGGUUAACCCCGCAAAAAUGACCAGUGUCCAGCAGAAGCUCGAAGCAUUCCUGGCCCAGGAAAAGGAGCAGAAAGAGCGUGCUCAGAGGUGCUUUGUCUCUUACCUCCGCUCCGUCUACCUGAUGAAGAACAAGGACGUCUUUGACGUGUUUCAGCUGCCGCUACAGGAAUACGCAGGCUCCCUGGGGUUGGCUGUGGCCCCGAGGGUGCGCUUUCUGAGCAAGGCCAGGCAGCAGAGACAAGACACCGAGGCAGCUCUGGCUGCAGGACAGGGCAGCUACCCCGAGGACGAGGAGCUGGAGAGCUUCCGGGCUCAGCUCCGAGGAGAAAGGCUUCCUCCCUCGGUGCUAGGGAAGGAUGGUGUGGCCCCUGAUGCCCUCAGGUCUGUGCCCAAAGCUGAGGAAGACGAGGAUCCGUCUGACAGCCAGGAUGAAGAGCAGUCCGACAGCGAGCCAGACUCCAAGAUUCACAUUUUUGGGCAGGUCACCGAUGAGGAAGAUGAGAAAGACCUCGACUUGUUUACCAUUAAACGGAAAGAUGUCUUCAAAGCGGAAGAUGAGGGCGUUGCAGAGGAACAGGAGGAAAAGACACCUACGAAGGAUCCAGGAAAAGAGUCGAAGUUCAAAGAAGCCAAGAAAGUCCUAAAGAGAAAAUUAAAAGUCAAUACCAGGAUAACCUUCACUGAAGACGGAGAGACGGUGCAGCAGUGGCCCCCACUACAGAGGACGGCCGCGCCAGCUGGCUCGGACGACGAGGAGCCGUCCGGCAUCAACAUGGAUAAGGCCCGCGAGAGACUGCGCGUGGAGGACCAGGAGUUCGACAAACAGGAGUACAGCCGCAAAGUGAAGGAGAAACACAGGGCAAAAAGGCUGAAGGAGAGGGCUGCCAGGCAGGAAGCCAGCAAAAAACAAAAAGAGCCUUCCUGUCCUCCCGCCUUCCUGUCCUCCCAUCUUCCCGCCUCCCUGUCCUCCCAUCUUCCCGCCUUCCUGUCCUCCCGUCUUCCCGCCUUCCUGUCCUCCCAUCUUCCCGCCUCCCUGUCCUCCCAUCUUCCCGCCUUCCUGUCCUCCCGUCUUCCCGCCUUCCUGUCCUCCCGUCUUCCCGCCUUCCUGUCCUCCCGUCCUCCCGCCUUCCUGUCCUCCCAUCUCCCCACCUUCCGUGUCCUCCCGCUGCGGGACCUCAGGAAGGUGCGUGUUUCCUCCAGCGAUGGAGUGAGGAAGAGGAGCCGCCCUGCUGACAGCUCCAGUGAAUCGGAUGAAGAGGAGGCCCCAGCGCUCAGGAAGAGAACCAGACGGCGGGACGGGAACAAGCUGGAGACCCUGGACACUGGCCUCUCCCUGGCCGAGGACGAGGAGCUGGUCCUUCAUCUACUGGGACAGAGAAACUAG